AGUUCCAACGCAGUUUCCCAGUUCACUUGAACGUUGUGUUCGGAAGCUGGAUAAAACCUUGUUGCCCUUUUUCUUCAUCAACGAAGUGAAACAGUCGCUAUUUGUUGGGUACAGUACCGGUAUCUGCUGGAUUACAGAGCAUCGUUUUUCCUUUGCACCCUAAGUUUGUGCUAGAAUGUGUUACUGUCGUUUAUGUUAGCUGACUAGCUAACAAGACAACUAGCCGCCAAGGUUGUUUUGAUUCUUGGUGUGAACACCGACGUUAGAUCGACGGUGUGUGGGCUCCGCUUUCAGCGCUAAAACACUGGACGAAACUUCCAUUAAUUGCUGUGGAAUAAUAAAAUCAUUGUAUGCGUUAGCAGGGACAACAUAAAAUAACAUUCCAUGUGAAUCGCGGGUAGCGCACAAGCUAACUAGUUAGCUGACGUUCACGUCAAACGGCAGUCCCCUCGCUUUCUCUGCCACUGUCCUACCGGGGACCGUCUCGUUUGUCUUCUCCUGGAUCAGUGAACAUUUGGCGAGCUGAAAAAGCUCUCUGUGAACCGGACCCAAUGCGCGGGAUCAUGGGGACUCAGAGUAGCCCUGUCAAGAGUUACGAUUAUCUCCUUAAAUUUCUUCUGGUGGGAGACAGCGAUGUCGGGAAGGGAGAAAUCCUGGACAGUUUGCAGGACGGAUCGGUGGAGUCUCCCUAUGCCUACAGCAGCGGGAUCGAUUACAAGACCACCACAAUUUUACUGGAUGGGAGAAGAGUGAAACUGGAGUUAUGGGACACAUCAGGGCAAGGCAGAUUCUGCACCAUCUUCAGAUCUUAUUCUCGUGGAGCACAGGGCAUCCUGCUUGUGUAUGACAUCACUAACGGCUGGUCGUUUGACGGCAUCGACCGUUGGAUCCGGGAAAUUGAUGAGCAUGCACCAGGUGUGCCCAGGAUUCUUGUUGGAAACCGGCUUCACUUGGCUUUUAAGCGGCAAGUGCCAACGGAGCAGGCGAGGGCUUAUGCAGAAAAGAACAGCAUGACUUUCUUCGAGGUCAGUCCGCUCUGCAACUUCAACGUCAUAGAGUCCUUCACGGAGCUUUCACGCAUUGUGCUGAUGAGACAUGGGAUGGAGAAAUUCUGGAGGCCCAACAGAGUCUUCAGCCUCCAGGACCUGUGCUGCCGCUCUAUAGUCUCCUGCACACCUGUCCACCUCAUCGACAAACUGCCCCUCCCCGUGGCGAUCAAGUCCCACCUCAAGUCUUUCUCCAUGGCAAACGGCAUGAAUGCAGUCAUGAUGCACGGACGCUCUUACUCGGUGGCCAACAGCGCAGCCUCGGGGGGUAGCGGCGGCGGGAGCAAAGCCAACAGUCUGAAGCGCUCAAAGUCCUUCAGGCCUCCACAGAGCCCGCCAAAGGACUCUUCGUCGUCCUCCAAGGGGAACUGUAAGAUAUCAUAGUGAAGGGCGCGGACUGGUGGUUGCCUCCGUAGGGGGAAUGUUAAAGGUGUGCUCCAAGAGGUCACAAGGCCAGCGGAGAGCAUGCAGGGCUGCAAGCAAUCUUCAUCAGCCACGGAUAGCUGUGAACUCAUUUUGACCUUCGGGAACCAACUUGGGUGGUUGAAUUGGUUUCUGUUCUCUUUGCGCUUGCUGGUGCCAUCUUGUGGAUGUUCGUUUACCUGUACUCUUUACUACAGAGGCUCACUGUGAUCAAGUAGAACAAGCUUUCCCUGGGACCAACACAUGUGAAUCAAGGGUUGCUACCCGCUAACACUACAAAUGAGUGGAGGGACGAUAACUAACUUUUAUUCGGAAAAAGAUUGUUUACUGGUAUUUAAAGUUGGACUUGAAGUUGUAAAUAUACUGUAUGUGGUGUUGUGUUUGGUGGUUGUCUUGAGGGAGAGGCGCUUCUCAUCCGUGUUUUGUCUUGAAUGUUUUGGGAGACCUGCUUUGGCGUUGUGUGUUUUUCACUCACAUUGAAACAUUCUCCUUGCACCCUCAAGAGUGGCGAGCUAGUGAUUCAAAACUCAGUUAAGUUCAGUUUUAAAUGAGACUGGUUUAAAUUGAAUGUAAUGAGAAGAGCAGAGCUGAUGUUAUUUCCCGGACGGAAAGACACCUUCAGGAGCUAGGCCCUUCUCCGUCUGUGAAACUGUCCAGAAACGCCAGGCCAAGUUUGUCUUGGGUGCUUGACGCCCAGUAGUACCCCUAGAUUUCCCCCCAAAUGAAUUCACCUUCCAUCUCCAUCCAUCAGUCAGACAUCUGUUGACUUACUCUGCCUCGACGUAUUCUUCGUUGCGUAAACCCUCCAGAGCAUGAUGAGUUUUUUUUGUUUUUUUUAAUUUGUGGCAAUGAACCAAUUGUUCGGUGCUGAUGAGAAAACCUUGUACAAACACAUGUACAGAUUGUUUUUGGCAUUUUGCCCUCACAAUGAAUAUUGAUGGUGGAUUAUUUUAAUUGGUUGCCUUUGGGAUAUUCUAUGUAUUUAUGAAUGUAAAACAAUAUUCAUCUGCUAUUCUUCUGUGGCCACGCAGUAAUACGAGAGACUGUAAUAAUCGGAGGUUGAAAGCUAUCAGGUACAUCUGAUUUUGUAGUAAUUUUAUUCGGAUUCGCUGCUUGUUUGAGUAUUUGUACUUAAGUUUAUCCCGGCCUUUUUAAAAAACUGUGUAACAGGAGGGGCGACAAGAACCAUAAGACAAAGUCAUGUAAUCAAAAUAUUGUUUCAGUGAUUGAAUAAUGAACUGCAAAACGUUAUUCUGAUCUUCAUUCAUAUUUUUGUUCCACCUCUGAUGUCCCUCUGAUAUUCCCUCUGUGUGUAUUUAAUAAGGUCAUAGAAGGCAUAAGAAAUUGGUGCAUGUUUCCAUGGCGCCUGUUUUAUGUGUUGUAUUGAGACCAGAACAAUAGGCUAACACAACUCUCCGGUGAACAUUUAAAGCACUAUUUGUAAACGUUGGAUGAUUGUUGCUGUCAGAGCUGUGUUUCUAAAGGGUUGGAUACGGCAUUGUCAUUUUGUCUCAUCCAUCAAAAUAAAUGGUGAAACUACAAA